UUCGGGACCCCAGUAGUUUGUAUUUAAUUUAACUCUGUAUGGCCAUAAUGGUCUGGUCUGGUUAUUACAAACAUAGUUCCAAAAGUGUAUGUCACCUCCAAAAGUAAAAGAAAAUCUGUUAUUCAAAAAGAUUGUUCUCUCAAUUCUUUCAAAGUUGAUCAUUGGGGAAGAGAUAGAGUGGAAACGAAGAUGUCUGACAUCAAUAUGACCAGCCUGACAGAAAGGUUACAGGACUUGGAGUUAUGCCUCAAGUGUCAGCACAGCCAAAAAGUCGGCUAUGGGCGAGCACUCAGAGAAGCCAUUCUCCGUAUGGAUCUCGUUAUGGAAAUAGAAGUCUUAAAAAGUCUUGGAGACCUGCAUCUUAAGAAAGGCAAGAGGGGCAAAGAUUCAGCAGAGUUUGACAAGGCUGCUGCCCUGUAUGCCGCUGCCCAACUACGCUGCACAGAUCCAGACAUGGGACAAACACUGGAACAUCGUAUCGGCUACAUGGAGAAACUCUCCAGACAACUGCUGCAGGGGUACACUCCACACUUCCGGUGGUUGUCACCAGACUACUGGGGUACUGCUGACGGUAAUGUCUUAAGGGUGGCAGAAAUUUGUGAUCAGUUAGACAGAGGUAACACAGAAUUCCAACAUUCUGUUGAUGAGACUUACACAGAAACAUUAGUGACAUCAAUAGGAAAUGGUGACAUGUUCUUGGAGCUUGAGAUUUUAAAAUCUCUUGGAGAUUUCUACCUUGGAAAAGGAAAGGAAACCUUUGAUCUAUCCCAGUUCUCCAAGGCAGCUGCCAUGUACGGCAAGGCCCUGAGAAGAUGUGAGGAUCCUGGUACCAAGCAGACUCUGCACCAUCGUGUCCUGUACAUGGUGAGGAUCUGGGGAGCAGUGAGAAGGUCAACAUGGAACAUUUCAAGACAAACAGAAAGAAGAUCGCCCAUGAAGCAUCAGUUUGGGAACAUCACAAGAGCUGAAGUUACUGAGGACCAUCCUAUCCAUCAAGGCACAGCAAGUCAGUAUCAAGACCACCUUAAGAAAGGUGAAGCCUCCCUUGCCAGGGCAGACCUGGACUCAGCUGAGGAGCACUUUGCAGCUGCACUCAAGUCAGUACACAUGCCAGAUCCCACAGCCCAGCAGUACCAGAGAGAGGUGGAGCCCCUGUGCAUGUUGGGGGUUGUCUACAGUAAGCGAGGUUUGGGUUCACAGGCUACAGGAUUGGUAACUCCAUAUUCAGACCUGGAGUUUGCCAUUUUGGUAGAAGAAGAAAGUCAAGAAAGUCUUCUGUAUUUCCGCAACCUCACCCACUACCUACACCUCAAGGUGGUCAACCUGGGAGAAACCAUUCUCCCAGCACUAGGUAUAAAAUCUCUCAAUGACUUCUACUCUGAGAGUAUCUAUGGUCAGACUACGGCACAUCCUCUCAUUGCCACAUUUCUGAACAACCUGGGCGCAACCUGCAACCGUCUGGGGGACCAAAGGAGAGCUGUUAACUACCAUGAACAGUCACUAGAGCUGUACAGGAGUAUCUAUGGCCAGCAAACAGCAAAUGCUGAUAUUGCCGGAUUACUCAACAACCUGGCUGAAGCCUGGCACAACCUGGUGUAA